UUUUUUGGCGCUACCUUGCGAAGCGCUAUCUCGCGAAGUGCGCAGGAACGUUCCGGAACCGGAGAGAACGACACCGCGGCGGACCGCGUUGAAAAGCACGCGCGUAAGUUUCAUAGCGCGUAGUAGGCUAGUGGCGCACCGUGUGUUUUUGCGGUCCGUCACAGAGGAUGUCGAUCUGAACGGCGAGCCGUCAUCGUGUGCGAUCGCGCAACAUGUCCAUGUGCUUUCGCACGCUGCCCGGCCGGCUGUCGUCGCUCGUCAGCGGCGGUGGCGGUCGUAAACCGCCGUCGAAGCUCGACCGUACUCAGCUGCAGAAGAACAUAGAAUCGUCUGCCUUUUUGAAGCAGUUCUUGGGUACACAGAGAACACUGUCUGUAAGAGCAAAUACCUCAGCCAAAUCAGUACCUUUUGCAGGAUGUACCUUUCCUCCAAAUUUAUCGCUAGCUUAUCUUGAUGUUCACAAUCGAUGGAAUGAAAAGCUGGCCAGGCGAUAUGUUGAUGGCGAGAGCAAGAGCACAACAAUGUAUUGGGUCCAGAAUCCACACAGGCUACCUAAGUCACAAAGGCUCAGUGUUGCCCUCUUGAAAAACAAGAAACAUGUGGCUCCCAUAGGAAUUGCACCAGACAAUAUUAAAAUAUUUCAAGCACAAAGUGUUAUAAGAAAUGAUAAUAAUUCAUUUCUAGAUAAUAAUAGAAUGAUUCCUUUAGAAAGCUUCUGCAGUAAUCAAGAAACAAAUAUUGAUAAAAAUAUCUUAUUUAUCUCCGACGACACGAGCAAUCUAAAAACAAGCCUGCAACAAUCAUCACCACAAGAAAAGGGUAACGAGGGUAAACCAUCGCAAGAACAACUGCAAUCCAUAGUUGAUUGUCUUAGUCAAGAUUUACCAAAGCUGUUUGUAAAACCUCUGAAUUUUUCAAUAUAUACCAAGGAUCUAAUUUUCAUCAACAAUUUUAGAGGAGUAACAACAAGGGGUCUUAUGAAUUAUGCGAAACAGGUAAUAUUAUUAAGGAUAAUUGGUCAUAUAAAGUUUGCGCACGUUAAAUUCGAUAUCAUAAAGAUCACAAUGCACCCUGAAAACGAUACAGUGCAAGUUCGUUGGCGUAUACGAGGGGUUACAGGCUGGAAGGUAUUCUCUAUGUUUUGGAAGUAUAAAGUUUGGAAGAUACAAGAUGCCAUAAGCACUAACCAAGAAGUAUGGUACGAUGGCUUCUCCACUUUUUAUGUUAAUGCCGAUGGGAAAAUUUAUAAGCAUAUUACAGACAAGAUGAUGCCUGAUCAAGAUACAGUCACGAAAAAAGAUCUGCGCAUUGCACCAAAAUUAGCACUAUUCACAGGUCUCGCAAGUUUGUUUGGUAGCAAUGAGGAUUCCUUGAAUUGAGCAUUGCCUUAAGAUUCAUCAGUUGAAGUAAAUCAUUGCUAGAAUUAUAAAAUUUUAUUCAAAAUCGAUCCAAAUCGUCACAACGAAUAGUUGUGCUUUUUUCCACAAGUCAAUGUUGUCGAAUGUUGCUGAUGUGUAUCCAUAUCGUUACAAAUGCAUCGUCACGAAAUGAUGGUCGGUAGUAAAUAAGAGAUAUGAAUUAAAAUGAUGUGCAUUACCUAAACAGUAUCUUUAUAUAAUUACAAACUACCUGGUUUUUUAAUUGUCAGAAUGGUAGCAAUGCUAAUUUUGCAUUAGAAUAUUUCUGUAAAAUAUGAUAAUUUAUAUUGCAGUAUAUUUGAAAAAUGUUGGAAAAUGAGAACUAUUUAACAGAGUUAGUGAAGCACUCUGUAUAUCAUAGCAUCAAUUUGCUUCGCCUCUGUGGAUUGUUAAUAACACAUAAGAUACCAUUAAAGUAAUGUUUCGUAAA